AUGCCAGAUAAAAUGCGCCACACGGAGGGUGUUAUCAUUAUUACAUUUUGCCUAAAUCUCGGAAAAUAUUCGCUUACAGAAAUGGGAACUCAGAACGAACUUGAACAAAAAGCGUCGUGUGCCUGUGCGAGGGCCGUGCUGCCAUCUCACGCGUUGCUAGGAGACCGCGCGAUCAAUACAGCCUCCGCCGGGCCGCCUAAUUACCCGGGCCGCCCGCCCCGCGCCGUCCGCCCUCGCCUGAGGAAAUUUCUCGCCCGCCCGGCCGCACACCCCAUGCCAGAUUUAAAUAUCGGAUGA